CAAAAAAAGAAGCUAAAGCCAACCACAUUCCCAACACAGCUGACCGGGGGAAGAAAUGAAAGAGGGAGAGGAAGUAAUAGGCUCGGAUUAGGAAUUGUCUCCUUUCUUCGAAUGAAACCUGUGGAAAGAGUGGUAGACCGAGACUAGGGGAAGAUAACAUCUUUCCCAACUUUCCUAAGGACCUUACCCUGCACGUGUUAGUGUCCGUGUGCUUUUCAUACACAAUCGUGACAUUAUGUGGGCAAUGGUGACCGAGUUGCUCUUCAGCUUCGUGCUGUUGGCCUUCCUGGUGAUCAGUUGCCAAAACGUCCUGCAUAUUGCCAGCAGCUCUGUCCGAUCUGUGCUGGCCUAUGUUCAUGCUCAACUGGAUCGUGAGCUGGGUGAGGAUGAAGGCAUGGCCGAUGAAGAGGAAAAUGUCACCACACGAGUGGUGCGGCGCAGGGUUAUUCUGAAGGGUGAUGAGGCAGAUAAUCUUCCAGGAGAGCAAGUGAGCGAGGAGCAAUUUACAGACGAGCAUGGCAACAUCGUCACUAAAAAGACUGUGAGAAAGGUGGUCCGGAGAGGAAAGGGGGAGGAAGGGGGUCAGGAGCUCAUCAUUGAAGGGCUGCCACAGGAUAUCACUGAGCCAGACGUUGAUGGAGAGCAGUACAUGAGCUAUGCCAUCCUGGGCCGUGACAGCAAGAUGGAUGUUGUGGAUGUGAAGAGAGGAGGUGCUCAAAUAGUGAAAUGUGCAAGUCUGCGGAGAGUAAAGCAGUGAGUGUGACUCACUCCUCCCUGCAGGACUUGCCACGCAAACCAUCCCUCAGUGACACAUGAUGGGUGUCAAAUAAAGAAGACAAAAGAACUAGAGCGCUGGCAAUAGGCAAUGGAUAUAAACUAUGAAAACAGAUUUUAGGACUUUUUUAAAACAAGCAAAACAAACGCUAGAAGCUAGAGGCAUGAUUUCUUAUAAAACGAAACCAAACAAUGAAAAAAAGCAAGCAUUUGAGAAGUGCUUCCUGUAAUCUCAAUAUCAGCAUGUGAAAGUGCUGUCGCAUGGCCUGCCUUUACAUACAGCACUGAAUGCAAGCAUUUAUGAGAAUCCAGGCUGAUAAAAAGUGAGGUGAGAAAAUAGUGUCAUACUGCAAGGGCUCUAAACAUGGAGGGUGGAAGGACUUUGGCCAAAGAGACGAGUAUACGCUUAAGCUCUGGAAUGCUGUGUAACCUAAACAUCCUUGUUUUGGGAAAACAAAAGCUAAUUUUAUUCAAAUCCAGCAACAGUUCUGACCUAAAUUUAGUCUUCCAACUGAACACAGAACAGAGUCCAGAACACACUUCUUCUGUGAUUUCACAUAGGGAGCUGUGUGUCCCUCUUGUACUGAUAUUAUACAUAAUAUGCACUCAAAUAUGAUGUGAAUGUACUCUGUGUGUGUGCGUAUUCUGUUCACAGCCAAAAAAACUGAACGACCAAUGCGAUGAUAUGCUGCUGUUUCAAUACUUGCUCCAGAAAUCUUGUUCAGUUCAAUCUUACAUGUCUUGUGUAUUGUAAAGGUUUUAUUGUGUAGCAAAUGCUCUUUUUAGAAAUGAGCUGUAAUAUUCUGUCCUGAGGUAUACUAGGCUCAAGGGUUACAAUAUGCGCAGUUUAAAAAUGGGGAUACAGUAUAUUGGACAUACUUCAACAUCACUGUGGGGUUAUAUAUGUACACAUGUGUACAUAUCAUUUUCAGUAUAUCAGGAACCUAUUUUGUUCUAUAUUCAUAACAUACCUCUGUGUCAUAUGAAUCUUGGGCUUCCUUUUAAUAACUUGAUAUGCACAGAGAAGCACAGUAAGAUUAUAUUAACAUUGUCCCCCAUUACCAUGUUAGCGCCAUUCAAAAUGACAUACAUGUUACUAUAAACUGUCAUGUAGCAGAUUAUUCAGGUAUGGAGGUACAAAUUAAUGGGAGAGGACUUUUCUGUAGAUCACUGUGAUCAAAAAAGCAAUGAAAAUGUUUAUUUGUUGUCUCAAUCUAACAAUAUUAAUAAGUAUAGCAUUUCAAUGAAGUAAAAUUAUGCAAAGACAAAUAUAUAUAUAUAUACACACACACACAGUUGAAGUCAGGAGUUUACAUACACACCUUAGCCAAAUACAUUUAAACUCAGUGUUUCACAAUUCCUGACUUUUAAUCUUAGAAAACAUUCUGUCUUAGGUCAGUUAGGAUCACUACUUAAUUUUAAGAAUGUGAAAUGUCAGAAUAAUAGUAGAGAGAAUCAGAAGAUUACAAACAAUUUGUCAGUAUUUGUUAGCAUUGCCUUUAAAUUGUUUAACUUGGGUCAAACGUUUUGGGUAGCCUUCUACAAGCUUCUUACAAUAAGUUUCUGGAAUUUUGGCCCAUUCCUCCAGACAGGACUGGUGUAACUGAGUCAGUUUUGUAGGCCUCCUUGCUCGCACAUGCUUUUUCAGUUCUGCCCACAAAUGUUCUAUCAGAUUGAGGUCAGGCUUUGUGAUGGCCACUCCAGUACCUUGACUUUGUUGUUCUUAACCCAUUUUGCCACAACUUUGGAGGUAUGCUUGGGGUCAUGGUCCAUUUGGAAAACCCAUUUGCAACCGAGCUUUAACUUCAUGGCUGAUGUCUUGAGAUGUUGCUUCGAUAUAUCCACAUAAUUUUCCUUCCUCAUGAUGCCAUUUAUUUUGUGAAGUGCACCAGUCCCUCCUGCAGCAAGUCCCCCCACAACAUGAUGCUGCCAUCCCCAUACUUCACGGUUGGGAUGGUGUUCUUCAGCUUGCAACCCUCACCGUUUUUGCUCAUAAUAUAACGAUGGUCAUUAUGGCCAAAAAGUUCCAUUUUUGUUUCAUCAGACCAGAGGAAAUUUCUCCAAAAAGUAAGAUCUUUGUCCCCAUGUGCACUUGCAAACUGUAGUCCGGCUUUUUAUGGCGAUUUUGGAGCAGUAGCUUCUUCCUUGCUGAGCAGCAUUUCAGGUUACGUUGAUACAGGAUUCGUUUUUACUGUGGAUAUAGAUACUUGUCUACCUGUUUCCUCCAGCAUCUUCACAAGGUCCUUUGCUGUUGUUCUGGGAUUGAUUUUCACUUUUUGCACCAAACUACGUUCAUCUCUAGGAGACAGAAUGCAUUUCCUUCCUGAGCGGUAUGAUGGCUGCGUGGUCACAUGGUGUAUAUACUUGCGUACUAUUGUUUGUACAGAUGAACGUGGUACCUUCAGGUGUUUGGAAAUUGCUCCCAAGGAUGAACCAGACUUGUGGAUGUCCACAAAUUUUUUUCUGAGGUCUUGGCUGAUUUCUUUUGAUUUUCCCAUGAUAUCAAGCAAAGAGGCACUGAGUUUGAAGGUAGGCCUUAAAAUACAUCCACAGGUACACCUCCAAUUCAGUACACCUCCUAUCAGAAGCUAAUUGGCUAAUUGUCUAAAGGCUUGACAUCAUUUUCUGGAAUUUUCCAAGCUGCUUAAAGGCACAGUUAACUUAGUGUAUGUAAACUUCUGACCCACUGGAAUUGUGAUAUAGUCAAUUAAAAGUGAAACAAUCUGUCUGUAAACAAUUGUUGGAAAAAUGACUUGUGUCAUGCACAAAGUAGAUGUCCUAAAUGACUUGCCAAAACUAUAGUUUGCUAAUAUGAAAUCUGUGGAGUGGUUAAAAAAUU